GCGCAGACGCGGCUGUGCUUCUUGCGAUUAGACGACCAAUGUGAUGGUGAGGAGCAGCAUCAGCACGCUUGCGCCUGAGCCACGCCCAUCUCUGUAGCCCGUCGGACGUUUCGCGGGUAUCUGAUCUUUAGAUCAAGUCCAUCGGUACUGGCGUCAUUCCACCAAAUUAUCUGUACGACCAACAGCUAGUGGUCGAUAGGGUGGACACCAAAACCCCCUUUUGCAUGUUGCUCGCGCAAACACGCACAUUGGCGUCUGGUGGCAAUUUCCCGCGGACUUGUUUGAUGCCAGCCAGGUACAGCUACGAGGUUGAUCAAAGAUGAGCGCAAUCCAGGAUGUCGAAGGACUCUCCGAGUGCAUUGGUCGAGCUAUACAAGAGCACUUUGCCAAGUCUAACAUCGGUGUGGCAUGGCCGCAACUCGACAGUCUUACCCGGCCCAUCCUUCGCGUUGAAGCUUUUCUCGAGGACGCUGGCACCGACAAUGCGGUGAGGGCGCGAUCUGAGAGAAUAGCGUCGAGCCGCAGGAAGGGCACGGGCGGCUUACGGGUUUCGCAAAAGCAGUCCUCGUUCCAAGAGGACCUUAGCGAACACCAACGGCAGAUGCAAAUCGAUAGCCGAAGUUUCCCGAAAAGGAAAAAAGUUGCUUCGGAUAAAUUCGUCUUUCAGCCUUCCACUCUAGAUAAGCUCAUCAUCGGCAUUUGGGAGCAGGUACAUGGCUCCAUCAACCUUGAUCCAAAAGCGAUAUUCGAACAAUUUCAAGUCGCACCCAAUGGACCGUCCAUGGAUAUUGUUCGACAUGCGCAAUCAGAAACGUCGUCUGCCACCACGACGGUACUCAAUUGCGCAGCCAACACCGUGGGCGACUCGUUCAGCCAAAUGAACAUGUUUUGCCGCAAGGUCACACAGGCGAGCCGCGUGUGUCGGUCAAUUGAGAUGAUUGUCCAAGCCCGGUGGACUGAACUUUUUGAGGAGCAAGUGCAAUACCGAAGCCAAACGAGGCCAGAGUUAUCGACAACAAAACACCGAAAGGCUGUUUUCAUGGAGGCGUGUCGAGAUUUUGAUUGGUCAGAAAAGGAGCUGCGGAACAAGAUGGCAAUCUGGCGAGGGUACAAAGAAGUCAAAGAUGCAGCAGGCUGGGCAGCGCUAGUGUUUGCCGGCAUGGGCAUCUACCGCUUCUGUAAAUACCGCGUUGGCUUUGACAAUGAUGCUAUGCGACGCCUCCGAAACCUGCGAAAGCGACUCGAAGUAGCAGCCGAUACUCUACACCCCCACUGGCGGCAACUAUUAGCCAUCGUGGGCGAAUCAUCGACUCCUCAAUACCCGGGGCACCCGCAUGAAUGGGUCGUUUUCGAGGACGGCUCUGAUCCUCUACCCUUGCGCCAGACAUACCUUGCCCAAGAUCCAUACUUUGCUUUUGAGCACAUUGAUGAAUCGGUUAUUGAUGAAUCAGUAUGGGGAUGCGAAGAUCCAAGAUGGACACCACAAACGAAUGCCAUAGGACGACCAGGUGGCGCUUAUGUCUGCACGGUAUGCAAUGAGCAACAGUCGGACGACCCAAAGGAGAACUCUUGUUUCUGUUUCCCAUCGCUGUUUGGUUGCGUAAAGCGUAAACCAGCGCCUGUCCAGGUAUAUCGCACACCUGACGGCAAGAACAACGGUCUCAUUGCUCUAACUUCUUUCGACCGCGGUACUGGCAUUGGCGAAAUGAUUGGCCUCAUCACAAAAGGCAUGAGGCAUCUCGACGUCAUGGAUAGCUCAACACAGUCCACUAGCUAUCAGGUAUGGCAGGGCAGGGUAGGUAAUUAUACGCGUUUCGCCAAUCACAGCUGCAAGCCUAAUGCACAGUUCUCGACGUUUACCUGGUUAGACACUCAAAGGAUAGUUCUGGUCAGCAAAGGAAUUGAAGCUGGCGCAGAAAUCACAUUGGACUAUGGUGAGAAGUAUUGGGCUGGUCUCGACAACGACUACAGCGACUCCGGAGCAUCCGAUCAAGAGAUACUAGACUCUCAGUCUGGGGCGAGAAAAAGGAGGAGACUUUCACCUGUCGAUGACGACAGUUCCGCCUCAGAGACUGAAGCUCAACCCGCCCCGAAACCACUCUCUGUAGCACCACCAACAAUAUCGCGCAUUAAAGCAAAGAACAAUGGUCCACAGAGUAACUCCAAUAACUCUGGAGCUACGAAUACCCCUGCAGUCAACCAAAAGCUCAGCUUUGCCUCACUCAAUGUCGCGCCAUGGCUCGUCGCCUCGCUCGCCAGCAUGGAGAUCAAGCGACCAACGGGUAUUCAGGCAUCCUGUAUUCCGGAGAUCCUAAAGGGAAAAGACUGUAUAGGAGGCUCAAGGACGGGUACCGGUAAGACGAUUGCGUUUUCGGUACCCAUUCUGCAAAAGUGGGCGGAGGAUCCGAGCGGAAUUUUUGCAGUCAUUAUCACACCCACGCGCGAACUCGCCAUCCAAAUCUACGAGCAAGUAAAGGCCAUCUCAGCUCCUCAGUCCAUGAAGCCAAUCCUCAUCACUGGCGGAGCAGACCAACGCGCACAAGCUAUCGAGCUCGCUUCACGUCCUCACGUUGUGAUUGCGACGCCAGGCCGACUGGCAGAGCACAUCCGAACGUCUGGUGAAGACACCAUCUGUGGUCUUCGGCGCGUACGAUUCGUCGUCUUUGACGAAGCAGACCGUCUACUGGCCCCAGGAAAAGGCUCCAUGCUGCCUGAUCUCGAGACGUGCUUGUCUGCGCUGCCCCCGAAAGAAACGCGACAAACCCUCUUGUUCACUGCUACAGUAACACCGGAAGUCCUAGCGCUCAAGGAGCAACCGCGCGCACCAGGCCGCCUACCCAUCUUUGUGUCAGAAGUGGAUACCGAGAAUCUAGCGAUUCCGCCACGGCUGCAGCAAAAGUACCUCCAAACGCCCGUCACACACAAAGAAUGCUACCUCCACGUGCUCCUCAACACGCCCGGCAACAUCGAGAAAAGCGUCAUCAUCUUCUGCAACCGGACCAAGACAGCCACGCUACUCGAGUAUAUGCUGCGUCUCCUGGACCACCGCGUCACGGCCCUGCACUCUGGCCUCAAGCAGUCGGAUCGCGUGAACAACCUAGCACGUUUCCGCGCCCAAGCUGCCCGCAUUCUCGUUGCUACCGACGUAGCCGCGCGAGGUCUCGAUAUCCCAGAGGUAGCUCUUGUGAUUAAUUUCGACGUCCCACGUGACCCGGACGACUACAUCCACCGUGUUGGUCGUACGGCGCGUGCUGGUCGUGUAGGCACGAGCAUUACCAUGAUUGGGCAGAGAGAUGUUGAUCUUGUGCUGGCGAUUGAAGCGCGGGUGGGCAAGAAGAUGGACGAGUUUGAAGAAGAGGGCGUCAGUGUCGAGGGCAGAGUGGUGAGAGAUGCAUUGAAGCCUGUUACCGAGAAGAAGAGGGAAGCAAUGCUGAGUAUCGAGGAGGGCAGAGAUGUGCUUGGAAAGAAGAAGGUGGGUCUACAGAAGCGGCGGGCGGAGUAGUUUUUUGUGGUAUUAUGGUUAGUCAAGCCAGUGUUUCUUAAUAAAGAUGGAAUAGAAUCAAUCGU